ACGUUAUAUCUGCGACUCUUCCCAGUGCGCAUGUGCGGUGUCUGUCCGGCGCAUGUCGAUGAUAUUGAAACGACAUGGCGGUGUUAUUGGAAACAACGUUAGGAGAUAUCGUGAUUGAUUUAUACACAGAAGAGAGACCGAAAGCCUCGCUGAACUUCCUGAAACUGUGCAAAAUCAAAUAUUACAACUAUUGUCUGAUUCACAAUGUUCAGAGAGAUUUCAUCGUCCAGACGGGAGACCCCACCGGCACGGGCCGAGGAGGAGAGUCUGUGUUCUGUAAACUGUAUGGCGAUCAGGCACGCUUUUUUGAGUCCGAGAAGGUGCCCAGGAUCAAGCAUAGAAAGAAAGGGACGGUGUCUAUGGUGAACAACGGCACCGACCAGCAUGGCUCUCAGUUCCUGAUCACCUCAAGUGAGAAUCUGGAUUAUUUGGAUGGCGUUCACACUGUGUUUGGAGAGGUCACAGAGGGCAUGGACGUGCUGGCUAAAAUCAACGAGACCUUUGUUGACAACGACUUCAUCCCCUUUCAGGACAUCAGGAUUAAUCACACAGUGAUUCUGGAUGACCCGUUUGAUGAUCCCGCGGGCCUCCCGGUUCCAGACCGAUCGCCUGAACCCACUAAAGAGCAGCUGGAUAGUGGUCGGAUUGGGGCCGACGAGGCCAUAAACGAUGAUGACGGAGAUGCUGAGCAGCUGGAUGAACUGAUAAAAGACAAGGAAGCAAAGACGCAAGCCAUUCUACUAGAGAUGGUGGGUGAUCUGCCAGAUGCAGAAGUCAAGCCUCCAGAGAACGUGCUGUUUGUGUGUAAACUGAAUCCUGUGACCACAGAUGAAGAUCUAGAGAUCAUCUUCUCACGUUUCGGCUCCAUUAAAUGUUGUGAGAUCAUCAGAGACUGGAAAACAGCAGAAUCUCUGUGCUAUGCAUUCAUCGAGUUUGACAAGGAGGAGGACUGUGAAAAAGCGUACUUCAAAAUGGACAACGUCCUGAUAGAUGACCGUCGCAUUCAUGUGGACUUCAGCCAGUCUGUGUCUAAGAUCAAAUGGAAAGGCAAAGGUGGGAAGUACACCAAAGAUGACUUUAAGGCCUAUGAGAAAGACCUGGACAACAAAUCCAAACUGGCUUUGAAAGACAAAGUCAAAAGCAAGCAGGACUCCCGUUAUGAGCUUCUCUUAGAUGAGGAAGAGGACGACAGAGAGAAACGAGACCGGAAACGACACUCAGACAACGAAAGGUCCAAGGAUAAAAAGUCAAAGGAUCGCGAUGAGAGUCGUAGAGAAAAAGAUAAAGGCAGACAGCGGUCGCGUUCAAGAGACAGAGAGAGACCAAAGGACAAGGAAAGAGAGAAGGAAAAACAGAGAGAGCGAGGCAGAGAGCGAGACGGCGAGCACAAACGCCACAGGCGAGACCGCAGUCGCAGCCCCAAGAGAUCCAAGUAUUACAGCUGACCGCCAGCACUGGCUACUUCCU